CCAAAGUUGCCUCCGGCCUUUAUGGUGCCCCAGUCCUACAUUUCACGCGUGUCUCGCUUCAUCUAACACACUUCUAACUUGUGUAUAUUUCGCUCGUAUCACAGACACGCGCAUCCAUCUAUCCGAUCUCGUUAAAUUACGAUCCAUUCCAAGAGAUCCUAUUGCUGUACUCGCGCAUAACACACCAUGCCGUCUGACAUUCCUCGCUAUAUCGGAAAUUACCAUCUAGGAGAGAGUCUAGGCUCAGGAUACUCUGGGUCGAUUUUCAAGGCGAGACAAGUCCACACAGGUGAAGUAGUUGCGCUCAAGGUGCAGAAUGUGAACCACGAGUGCCCUACCAAUCGAUACGAGCGCGGGUUUUAUCCCUCACUACAAGGUGGUGUUGGAAUGCCCACAUUAUGGGGCUCCGGGGUGGAAGGCCAAUGGGACUGGCUAGCCAUCGAUCUCCUUGGCCCAAGUUUGGACAACCUGUAUCGGCGGAGUGGGAAGGAUACUAUGGACCUCAGUUCCGUAUGCACGAUUGCCGUUCAGCUCAUCGCACGGCUAGAGUUUAUGCACAGCCGGGGUAUCCUGCACAGAGACAUCCAGUUAGGGAAUUGCGUAAUUGGAUUGCCUCCGUACGAUCAUAUCAUCUAUAUGAUCGAUUUUGGCUUCUCAAAACGAUACAUCGACCAACACACGAACCGGCACAUUCCCGACAGUCGUGCAAAACGGGACUUCAUCGGGAAUUAUUGGUUCAGUUCGGUUGGCGUGCACUGCCGUGGUCGAGUCCCUUCGCGCCGUGACGAUCUCGAAGCGGCAGCGCUGAUGCUCAUCCACUUGCUCACCCCACGGGGGCUUCCCUGGACGCGUAACGGCGUGCCGAAGACGGACGAGGCGCACGAGCGGCUGAAGAAGGAGAAGAAAGCAGCGCGGCCAGAAGACCUUUGUGCUGGACUGCCGGAAGAGUUCGAAGAGUUUCUAUUCUACUGCCGACGACUUCACUUCCAAGAGUGUCCGGACUACGACAAUUGGAAGGAGCGAUUUCGGGAACUGGCUCAAACUGAGGGUUUCCCUGAGAGUGAUGACUUCAUCUGGCCACCCGUCGUCCAGCCUAAGCCAUUCUCGAAGGCGACAGCUCGUCGAAGCAUGGCGCCCGACCCACAGGACGUGGAACGAAUUCUGCACGACCUCGUUAAAAUGAACAUGGACGAUGCGACCAGGGCAGGAUCAUCCCAGUCCAUGGAGGUGAUCGACAUUACUAGUGACUCCGAGCACGAGAUUCAGACUAUUCCACCCCCUCACCUAACACCCAAGGCCCACAAACUCAACAAGAUCACGAGAAAACUUGCAAAUGCGGUUGACAACGCGACUCUGUCGGGCCUGGUACUUGAGUUCAUCACUAUUCUACAAUCAAAUAGCUCUCGUACCCUCACAAGAGAAGCAUCAAGUUUUCUGGACGCUCUCUACAAACAGCUUGCCGAUCCUUCCGUGUUUGAAGCACGCGCUCCUUUACGGACUUCGCGGCAGUCCUCUAACAAGAGCUCGCAGACGGAAAAGGAACCAGCGCAUGUAAAACUGGGUGUUGUCGCACGACUGAAGCGCGAAGUUGGGAGUGCACCUAAUAACAAAACGCUCGCGGCUAUGAUACAAGAUUUCGGCCAAGUCACGAACAACAGCGCUGGGCGAACGAUCAGCAAGGCCGUUACUGGCCUCAGAACCAAAGCUUUGACACCACACAUGUCUUCCAACGCGUCUGUCUCUUCUCUCCAGGCCGAGGUUAACCGCCUUCGCCUCGAGCUCGAGUCCCACCAGACCAAGGCUGGGACUGAGCCCAUCACCGUUGGCAACUAUUUGCUCGCUCGCCUUGCGCAGUUGAGCGUUACGAAAUUGUUCGGCGUUCCGGGAGACUUCAACCUCGGGUUCUUGGACAUGGUGGAGGACCAUCCGACCAUCGAUUGGGUCGGCAAUUGCAACGAACUGAACGCGGCAUAUGCUGCUGAUGGGUAUGCUCGCGUCAAGGAGCACAGUGUCGGGGCUCUUCUCACGACAUUUGGCGUUGGUGAACUGUCGGCGAUCAACGGCAUUGCUGGGGCAUUUUCGGAGAUGGUGCCCGUAGUGCACAUCGCCGGUGUACCCAGCGUCGAUCAACAGAAGAGCAAGCCGCUCCUCCAUCAUACGCUCGGCGAUGGUCGAUUCGACGCUUAUUUCAAGGCGUCUGAACAGUUCACCAUCUCUCAGGCCAACUUGAUUGACAAGGACACUGCGGCAGCUGAAAUAGACCGUGUUCUCACCGACUGCAUCACUCUUGCUCGUCCCGUGUACAUUGCCCUCCCCACCAACAUCGCCUUCACCAAGAUCUCCUCGGAGCGACUGAAGAUCCCGCUCAGUCGCCUUCCUCCCCCCAACGCACCUGAUGUCGAGGCCUUUGUGUUGCAUGAGAUUGCCAAGUUGGUGAAAGAGGCCGAGGACGACGUUGUUUUCCUCAUCGAUGCAUGUGCCAUCCGGCACGAUCUCCGCAAGGAAACCAACGAAUUGAUCGUCAAGACUGGGUAUCCUGUCUAUUCUGCUCCAAUGGGGAAAACCGCUGUGCCGGAGAACUACGAGCGAUAUGGUGGAAUCUACGUGGGAUCCAUCAGUCAUCCCGAAAUCAAGGAGAAGGUUGAAUCUGCAAAGUUGAUCUUGUCGAUUGGUGGAUUGAGAAGCGACUUCAACACCGGGAACUUUACGUACUCGAUUCCCGCUAGCAAAACGAUUGAGUUCCAUUCCGACCACACCAAAGUCCAACAUGCCGCCUUCCCUGGCAUUGGCAUGAAGGAACUUCUCCCUCUGGUCACGGCUCGUCUGGAGCCCGCCGUCAAGAAGAUGCCUGUUCCGCCUUUCGUUGCAUUUGUCCAGGAAGAGGCGAACGAUGUGAUUUCACAAGCUUGGUUCUGGCCGAGGAUGAGCAAGUUCUUCCGCCCAAAAGAUAUCAUCGUGGCCGAGACGGGAACAUCGAGUUUCGGUGUUUUGGAUAUUCCACUGCCUCAAGAUUCUAUUUUCGUCAGCCAGAUUCUGUGGGGCUCCAUUGGUUGGACCGUUGGUAGCACUUUGGGUGCCGCGUUCGCUGCUCGUGACUUGAAGCUGGGACGGACGAUACUAUUCGUCGGAGACGGCUCUUUGCAGCUGACGGUCCAAGAGCUUUCAUCGAUGAUCCGACACGACCUCCAAAAGCUCACGAUAUUUGUGCUCAACAACAGCGGGUACACCAUCGAGCGCUAUCUGCACGGGAAAGAACGCAAAUACAAUGAUAUCGCCAACUGGGAAUGGACGAGCCUUUUGAAGGUCCUCGGCGACCCCAAGGGGGAGAAGACCGAGUCGUUCACGACUCGAACCAAAGAGGAGCUCGGAACCCUACUUGAGACGGAGUCAUUCGCGCAGUCGAAUAAGAUCCAGCUCGUAGAGGUGAUGAUGCCCCGAUUGGAUGCUCCACGUGCGUUGGAGCAGCAAGCAGAGCUCAGUGGCAAAACAAACUCCUAUGCCGCGUAGUAGACCGAUUAUUCCUGUACCUUUAGUUUCACGCCCAUCAAAUGCAUUUAUCUCAAUGAACGUCGGUGGCGGGCAGGACAAACGAGGCAGUCAC